AUGAAAGGGACCUGCUGGCUCAACAUCCAGGACGGGCGCUGCGAGGUGAACAUCAACGGGGCCACGCUCAAGUCGGAGUGUUGUGCCACCCUGGGGGCAGCCUGGGGCAGCCCCUGCGAGCGCUGCGAGAUCGACACUGCCUGUCCCCGGGGAUACGCCCGGAUGAAGGGGGUCACCUGUGAAGAUGUGAACGAGUGUGAGGUGUUCCCCGGCGUCUGCCCCAACGGGCGCUGCGUCAACUCCGCCGGCUCCUUCCGCUGCGAGUGCCCCGAGGGGCUGACCCUGGAUGGCACUGCCAGGACGUGUGUGGACGUGCGGGUGGAGCAGUGCUACAUGCGCUGGGACGAGGACGAGUGCACGGAGCCCCUGCCCGGCAAGUACCGCAUGGACAUGUGCUGCUGCUCCGUGGGCUCGGCCUGGGGCAGCGACUGCGAGGAGUGCCCCAAGCCGGGCACCGGCGAGUUCAAGGCCAUCUGCCCGCGCGGGCCCGGCUUCGCCAACCGCGGGGACGUGCUCUCGGGGAGGCCCUUCUACAAAGAUGUGAACGAGUGCAAGGUCUUCUCUGGGCUCUGCACUCACGGCACGUGCCGGAACACCAUCGGCAGCUUCCGGUGCAUCUGCGGCAACGGCUUCGCUCUGGACGCCGAGGAGAGGAACUGCACGGACAUCGACGAGUGCCGCAUCUCGCCGGACCUGUGCGGCCACGGCACGUGCGUCAACACCCCGGGCAGCUUCGAGUGCGAGUGCUUCGAGGGCUACGAGAGCGGCUUCAUGAUGAUGAAGAACUGCAUGGAUAUCAACGAGUGCGAGCGGGACCCGCUGCUGUGCCGGGGCGGGAUCUGCAUGAACACCGACGGCAGCUUCGAGUGCAUCUGCCCCCCUGGCCACGAGCUGACAGCUGAGGGCAACACCUGCAUAGAUAUCAACGAGUGCUCCCUCAGUGACAACCUGUGUCGCAACGGGCGCUGCGUCAACGUCAUCGGCACCUACCAGUGCUCGUGCGACUCGGGCUUCCAGGCCACGCUGGACAGGCAGGGCUGUGUUGACAUCGACGAGUGCACCAUCACCAACGGGGGCUGUGACACCCACUGCUCCAACUCAGAGGGCAGCUACGAGUGCAGCUGCAGCGAGGGCUACGCGCUCAUGCCAGACAAGAGGUCCUGUGCAGAUAUCGAUGAGUGUGAGGAUAAUCCUGACAUCUGUGAUGGUGGGCAGUGCACAAACAUCCCCGGCGAGUACCGGUGCCUCUGCUUCGACGGCUUCAUGGCAUCCCUGGACAUGAAGACCUGCAUUGAUGUGAACGAGUGCGACCUCAACCCCAACAUCUGCCUGCACGGCGAGUGUGAGAACACCAAGGGCUCCUUCAUCUGCCACUGCCAGCUCGGCUACUUCGUCAAGAAGGGAACCACAGGGUGCACAGACAUCGACGAGUGCGAGAUCGGGGCGCACAACUGCGACAUGCACGCCUCUUGCAUCAACGUGCCCGGCAGCUUCAAGUGCAAGUGUCGCACGGGCUGGCUCGGGGACGGGCUGAAGUGCAACGACCUGGACGAGUGUGCAACCGAAGAGCACAAGUGCAACCUCAACGCCAACUGCGUGAACACGCCCGGCUCCUACCGCUGCGCCUGCCGCGAGGGCUUCAACGGCGACGGCUUCUCCUGCUCAGACGUGGAUGAGUGUGCAGACAACGUGAACCUGUGUGAGAACGGGCAGUGCCUCAAUGCCCCCGGCGGGUACCGCUGCGAGUGCGAGAUGGGCUUCAACCCCACCGAGGACAGCAAGGCCUGCCAGGACAUCGAUGAGUGCACCUUCCAGAACAUCUGUGUCUUUGGCACCUGCCAGAACCUGCCCGGGAUGUUCCGCUGCGCCUGCGACGAUGGAUAUGAGCUGGACAGGAGUGGAGGCAACUGCACAGACAUCAAUGAAUGUGCAGACCCUGUGAACUGCAUCAACGGGCUCUGCGUCAACACCCCCGGCAGCUACUUGUGCAACUGCCCCCAGGACUUUGAGCUGAACCCCACCGGGGUGGGCUGUGUGGACACCCGUGUCGGGAAUUGCUUCCUGGACACCCAGGACCGAGGAGAUGGGGGGAUCUCCUGCAGCGCAGAGAUCGGAGUCGGGGUCACUCGGGCCUCCUGCUGCUGCUCCCUGGGCCGUGCCUGGGGCAACCCCUGCGAGCUGUGCCCUCCAGCCAACACCACUGAGUACAAGACCCUGUGCCCUGGAGGGGAAGGAUUCCGGCCCAACCCCAUCACUGUCAUCCUGGAGGACAUCGACGAGUGCCAGGAGCUGCCAGGGCUGUGCCAGGGCGGCAACUGCGUCAACACCUUCGGCAGCUUCCAGUGCGAGUGUCCCCUCGGGUACUACCUCAACGAGGACACGCGGAUCUGCGAAGAUAUCGACGAGUGCUCUGCCCACAUCGGGAUCUGCGGCCCUGGCACCUGCUACAACACCCUGGGCAACUACACCUGCGUGUGCCCCCCCGAGUACAUGCAGGUCAACGGAGGGAACAACUGCAUGGACAUGAGGAAGAGCGUGUGCUACCGCAACUACAACGACACGUGUGAGAACGAGCUCUCCUUCAACAUGACCAAGAAGAUGUGCUGCUGCUCCUACAACAUUGGCAAGGCCUGGAACAAGCCCUGUGAGCCCUGUCCCACCCCUGCCAGCCCCGAGUACCAGAUCCUGUGUGGGAACCAAGCCCCUGGAUUUAUCAUCGACAUCCACACGGGGAAGCCCAUUGAUAUUGAUGAGUGCAGCGAGAUCCCGGCCAUCUGCACCAACGGCGUCUGCAUCAACCAGAUCGGGAGCUUCCGCUGCGAGUGCCCCAUCGGCUUCAGCUACAACAACAUCCUGCUCAUCUGCGAAGACAUCGACGAGUGCAGCAGUGGGGAGAACCUGUGCCAGCGCAACGCCGACUGCAUCAACAUCCCGGGCAGCUACCGCUGCGAGUGCUCCACGGGCUACAAGCUGUCCCCCAGCGGGGCCUGCGUGGGUCGCAACGAGUGCCAGGAGAUCCCCAACGUGUGCAGCCACGGGGACUGCGUGGACACCGAGGGCAGCUACGUCUGCAUCUGCCACAACGGCUUCAAGGCCACGGGGGAGCAGACCAUGUGCAUGGACAUCGACGAGUGCGACCGCCAGCCCUGCGGGAACGGGACCUGCAAGAACACAGUCGGCUCCUACAACUGCCUCUGCUUCCCUGGCUUUGAGCUCACACACAACAACGACUGCAUGGACAUUGAUGAGUGUUCAUCCCUGGUGGGGCAGGUGUGUCGGAACGGGCAGUGCAUCAACAGCGUCGGCUCCUUCCAGUGCCUGUGCCAGGAGGGGUACGACCGGACCCCUGACGGGAAGAACUGUGUGGACAUCAACGAGUGUGUGAGCCUGCCUGGCACCUGCUCCCCGGGCACCUGCCAGAACCUGGAGGGCUCCUUCCGCUGCAUCUGCCCCCCGGGCUACGAGGUGCAGAACGACAACUGCAUCGAUAUCAACGAGUGCGAAGAGGAGCCCAACAUCUGCCUUUUUGGGACGUGCACCAACACCCCUGGCAGCUUCCAGUGCGUCUGUCCCCCGGGCUUCGUGCUGUCUGACAACGGCCGGCGCUGCUUUGACACUCGCCAGAGCUUCUGCUUCACCCGCUUCGACAACGGGAAGUGCUCCGUCCCCAAGGCCUUCAACACCACCAAGGCUCGGUGCUGCUGCAGCAAGAUGCCAGGGGAGGGCUGGGGAGAUCCCUGCGAGCUCUGCCCUCAGGAGGGGAAUGUUGCCUUCCAGGAGCUGUGUCCGUACGGCCACGGAGCCAUCCCAGGCCCAGGUGACACCCGAGAAGAUGUCAAUGAGUGCUCGGAGAACCUGGGGGUGUGCAUCAACGGGGCCUGCAUCAACACCGACGGCUCCUUCCGCUGCGAGUGCCCCUUCGGAUACAACCUGGACUACACGGGGGUCAACUGCGUGGACACCGACGAGUGCUCCAUCGGCAAUCCCUGCGGGAACGGCACCUGCACCAACGUGGUGGGAGGCUUCGAGUGCGCCUGCGACGAGGGCUUUGAGCCGGGGCCCAUGAUGACCUGUGAAGACAUCAACGAGUGCUCCCUGAACCCCCUGCUCUGCGCCUUCCGCUGCAUCAACACCUUCGGCUCCUACGAGUGCACCUGCCCCUCUGGAUACGCCCUGCGAGAGGACAGGAGGAUGUGCAGAGAUCUGGACGAGUGUGCGGAGGGGCUGCACGACUGCGAGUCCCGGGGGAUGCUGUGCAAGAACCUCAUCGGCACCUUCAUGUGCAUCUGCCCGCCAGGGAUGCAGCGCAGGCCCGAUGGAGAGGGCUGCACAGAUGAGAACGAGUGUCGGACCAAGCCUGGGAUCUGCCCCAACGGGCGCUGUGUGAACACAGCGGGGAGUUACCGCUGCGACUGCAACGAGGGCUUCGAAGUCAGUCCCUCUGGCACCGAGUGCAUCGACACCCGCCAAGGGUUCUGCUUCACCGAGGUGCUGCAAACCAUGUGCCAGAUGUCCUCCACCAACCGCAACCUGGUCACCAAAUCCGAGUGCUGCUGCAACAGCGGGCGCAGUUGGGGCCCCCAGUGCGAGCUCUGCCCCCUCCCUGGCACUGCCCAGUACAAGAAGAUGUGUCCCCAUGGCCCAGGAUACUCCACUGAUGGCAGAGACAUCGAUGAGUGCAAGGUCCUGCCCAACCUGUGCAGGAACGGGCAGUGCAUCAACAGCAUCGGCUCCUUCCGCUGCCACUGCCGACUGGGCUACACCGCCGACAUCACGGGCACGGCCUGCGUGGAUCUGGACGAGUGUAACCAGUCCCCCAAGCCCUGCAACUUCAUCUGCAAGAACACAGAAGGCAGCUACCAGUGCUCCUGCCCCCGAGGGUACAUCCUGCAGGAGGAUGGCAAGAUCUGCAAAGACCUGGACGAGUGUUCCACCAAGCAGCACAACUGCCAGUUCCUCUGUGUCAACAUCAUCGGGGGCUUCAACUGCAAGUGCCCCCCCGGCUUCACUCAGCACCACUCGUCCUGCAUCGACAACAACGAGUGCACGGCUCAGCCCUCGCUGUGCGGAGCCAAAGGGCAGUGUCUGAACACCCCGGGCAGCUACAACUGCGAGUGCCAGAAAGGAUUCUCCCUGGACAGCUCUGGGGUCAACUGUGAAGACGUGGACGAGUGUGACGGGAACCACCGGUGCCAGCACGGCUGCCAGAACGUGCUGGGGGGGUACAGGUGUGGCUGCCCCCAGGGCUACGUCCAGCACUACCAGUGGAACCAGUGUGUGGACGAGAACGAGUGUUCCAGCCCCACCGCCUGCGGCUCUGCCUCCUGCUACAACACCCUGGGCAGCUUCAAGUGCGUGUGUCCCUCGGGCUUUGACUUCGACCAGGCCUUCGGGGGCUGCCAGGACGUGGACGAGUGCUCGGCCGGGGGCAGCCCCUGCAGCUACGGCUGCUCCAACACGGACGGGGGGUACCUGUGCGGCUGCCCCGGCGGCUACUUCCGAGCGGGACAAGGACACUGUAUCUCUGGCUUGGGCUUUGGGAAAGGUCCCUACCUGCCUGCCCCCCAGGAAGAGGAUGAGGACAACCUGCUCUCCCCCGAGACCUGCUACGAGUGCAAGAUCAACGGCUACCCCAAGAGGGGCCGCCAGCGCCGCAGCCUCAACGGCACCGAGAGGCACCAGGACCACGCCGUGAACUUGGCCAGCAUGGACGUGGAGGCCCCGCUGUCCAUGACCCUGAACCUCUCGGACCUGGCGCGCAAGGAGCACAUCCUGGAGCUCCUGCCGGCCGUGGAGCCCCUGGAGAACCGGGUGCGGUACCUCAUCUCCCAGGGCAACGAGGAGGGCUAUUUCCGCAUCCACCAGAAGGAAGGGCUCAGCUUCCUCCACCUGGGCCGCAAGAAAAUCCUGCCCGGCACGUACCUGCUGGAGAUCGUCAGCGUGCCCUUGUACCGCAGGCGGGAACUGCAGAAACUCGAGGCCAAGAACCACCUCGACUACUUGGCGGGGGAGCUGGGCCAGGCACUGAGGAUGAAGCUCCAGCUCCAGCUCUACUAAAAAAGAGAAAAACCCCCCCCACGGGAUCCAUCCACCCACCCACCCACCCGACAGUCACGGCCCUUCUCCUCUCGCCACCCACGCCUCGGGGACAAACGGGCUCCUCCUCUCGCGCCGCCCCCCCCUCCUGCCACCGCCUGGACACCCCGGGAAACGGCCCCCUGGGAAACGUCCUCCUGGGAUCAGCACCUGGGAUUGCUCUGCUCCGUGAGCCGAAGCCGCACCGAGAGCUCCCGGGAGCUUUGCCGAGGGUUCCAAACCUCGCCGAAGGUUCCAGCCCCUCGCCGGUAGGGACUCCCCGCCCCCUGCUCAGCUCCCUCCUGGCUCCUGCAACCAAGACACUGUCCAAGCUGGCAGGGUGGUGCCAUGGGGUGCCUCCAUGGUCAUAUCCCACCCCACAGCCCGGGAAAUGUGAGGGGGGCCUGGGGAAAGCUUGGGAAGGAGCUUUGGCAGGGCCUGGUGUCAGCGCCUUUCCCAACAGCUCUUGCUCCUCCUUUGCUUCUGCGUUGUCACGAUGGUGCUGCAGAAACCAUCCCAUCCCUGCCCUGGCUGUGCUCUGUCUCUCGCUGUCUUCUCCAUGUUCUCUGGUCCCUUUGGGGCUCCUCUGGUCCCUUUAGGGCUCCUUUGGUGCUUUUGGGGCUCCUCUGGUCCCUUUAGGGCUUCUCUGGUCCUUUAGAGCUCCACUGGUGCCCCUAGGACUCCUCUGGUCUUUUGGGGGCUCCUCUGGUGCUUUUGGGGCUCCUCUGAUCCCUUUGGAGCUCCUCUGGUGCUUUUGGGGCUCCUCUGGCCUUUUGGGGGUUCCUCUGGUCCUUGGGGGCUGCUCUGGUCCUUUGGGGCUCCUCUGGUCCUUUGGGGCUCCUCUGGUCCCUUUAGGGCUUCUCUGGUCUUUUGGGGCUCCUCUGAUCCCUUUGGGGCUCCUCUGGUCCUUGGGGGCUCCUUUGGUGCUUUUGAGGCUCCUCUGGUGCUUUUGAGGCUCCUCUGGUGCUUUUGGGGCUCCUCUGGUCCUUUGAGGCUCCUCUGGUCCUUGGGGACUCCUUUGGUCCUUUUGAGGCUCCUCUGGUGCUUUUGAGGCUCCUCUGGUCCUUGGGGACUCCUCUGGUGCUUUUGUGGCUCCUCUGGUCCUUGGGGGCUCCUCUGAUCCCUUUGAGACUCCUCUGGUGCUUUUGGGGCUCCUCUUUCAAGCAGCAAAGGCCCCCUCUGAACAAAAAGGCCAGUUCAGGGUGCCCCCCUCACAUCCCAAAGCAGCCAGGCCGUGGGACCACAGGCUCCUGUUGGGACACCUCAGGUCUUCCCACCAGGAUAGUGCUGCACAAGUGUGGAGCUGGAAGGGCUUUCCCAGAGCUCCAGCAAGUCCAGGGGUUCAGGUGUCCUCCUGAGGAGGAGCUCUGGGGAAAGGCAGAUGGGUUGAAGUGCCUGGUUGGGUGUGGUCGGACAAAGCUGGUGGGAAGCACCUCGUGAUCCCGGUGGAGAGCACCGGGAUGCUUCCCGUGCCAGAGGGGUGGAGGGCUUGGGAAGAUGCACAUCCCACGCUGCAGGGGCACAUUUCCAUGGCCAGCAGCCAUGAAAAUCCCGGGAAAAGCAAGAUGGGGACGGGGUGAGAGGCAGGAACAGCCGCUUCCAAAAGAACCCUGGGCUCGGAGCCGCUCUGUGCUUGUGGCCACAUCCCCCUGGCCAGGAGUCCCUCUGGUUGUCCCCUCCAUCAAGGUGGCCCCAGAGAUGGACAGUCCCUGGUUCCUGCAGAUGGGAUGCGCUCCAGAGGGUGUGGAAAACAGGAAUCCAGAGGCAGGAGGGCUCCCUGCUUCCCCCCGUAAUUCCAGCCGGGCUUUUCCUCCUCCCCUCCCUCCGGAUGUCCUUCCCUGCCCUGCCAUUCCCUAAAUCCUGCAUGAACCUCUCUCUCUGCAGUUCCCAAUGGAUAAAAGGUGCUAAUUCACACGGAACUACCUUAUCCCAGCCCCGAGGUGCUCCCAGCUCCGGGAAGCCGGGGCUGGCUCGGGCUCGCCGGCGUUGCUGCACUGUCCCCACCACCCCUCAUAUUUAUGGAGAACCACCUGCUCCCUGGGCCUCGGGAGGAGUGCAGAUUCCUGGAGCUUUUGGGGGUUUUAUUAUUUUUUUUUGGGAAUUGGGUGGGGUUUUCCUGGUCCCCAGGGGGUGGGGGAAGUGUGUGUUUACUGUACUGGGGGCUGAAGUCAAACUUGAAAACUCUUUUGCAGCUCCAGACUCUGGAUUUUACAAGAGUCCCCCCCCCAGAGCUUGUGACAGGAUGGGUGGCCUGAUGUUUGGGAUGGUUUUCUUUGUUGGUUUUGUUUUUAUUUUUUUUUAUUUUAUUUUUUUAUUAUUAUUUUGUUUCAUUUUAUUUCAUUUUGUUUUCCAACAGGUGCUUUUUUUUUAACAAAAAAAAAAAAAAAAACCAAACCAAAACCCAAACCUAUUAAUAAUUAUAAAUUAGCAGAGCUGGGUUUUGUGUGUGUGUGUGUUGAGCCAAAAAAAAAAAUCUCAAAUGAAGAAGCUCAAGGUUUCCUUCCUUCCUCUCUGGGGUGGUGUUUUGAUUUGGUUUUUGGUUUGUUGUUGGUUUUUUUUUUUUUUAAUUUUGUAUUGACAUUUUUUGCUGGUUGGUUGGUUUGUUGUUUUUUUGGUUUUGGUUUUUUUUUUGUGGAGAAAGGGGGGAAAAGUGUGGAAACCCAAAACCUUGUGCCCCUUGUCCCGCACAGAGAGGUGGCUCUUUGUGGAAUUCCUUUUUUUUUUUUUUUUUGUAUCAGAAGCAACAGCAACAAUAAAAUU